UAAAUGUAUUUCUAUAUUCAAAGGAUUUAUUAUACGAUUAACUUAAAUAAUGUUAUUCGAGUACGUAAGGGCAAAUCGUAUGGCACACACGUAGGAGGGUAAAGCUGACCUUAGAAAGCACAGGGGCAGAAUGAAACGAAGCAUGGAAAAGAGGAAGAGUAGUAGAUGGUGGGUAGAGUGAAGCUGAUGUUGGUGGUUGGUGGUAGUGGUAGUUGUGGUGGUGGUGGUGGUGCUGCUGCUGAUAGUGGUGGUGAUGGUGGUGGUGGUGGUGGUGGUGUUGGAGAAAAGAGAAGAAGAAGAAGAAGGAGAAGCAUGUACACGCGCGAUAGUAAGAGGCAAGCGAGAGGACAGAACGAUGUAUACCUGGGACGCCUGGUGUUGGCGAACACCUGCUCCACAUCGGUAUCCCCCAAUGCCUUUGUCCAGCCAACGGAUAUAACACAAGCGUACCUCGUCGAGGAGACGCCAACUAUCAACGGUGUUAGUACGGUGCCUAUGAAUAACGAAAAUCUCGAAAAUUUAGUGAAAUCUUUGCAAGAACAAGUUAACGCACUUCUUUAUCAUCGUCAGGAGGAUUACAAUGCUUUGGAGGAAAGUUUGAAGCAUGCCAUCGAGAAAAAUACCGAGUUGAUUGUACUCAGGAAAGAAGUCGAAUUAUUGAGGAAAGAAGUAACCGAGUUGAGAGGCGGAAGCGGUAACGAGGCGAAAAACGAGCGUUUGAGGGUGAGAUGGUUGGGUAGUGCGGUAACCGAAUUGCAAACCGAAGUCGCCGAAGUUCUAAGAACGAGAAAUGCUAGCGAAGAAUUAGCUGAGCGAUCAAGGAUGCGAAGCGAAUUGUCUCUUUUAAAAGGUGACGUAGCUGAGGUCGGGAGAGGUAUUCGUAAUCUUGGUGGUCGCAUUGCCAAGUUCGAAGCUGCCCUGGGAACAAUUCGCAUCGACAUUACUGCCGUGAAGGAACGUGCCAGCAAACUGUCCCGCACCUGCGCCGAUGUCGCCAGUCAGAUUGGUACCGUGCAAAUCGAAUUGAAAUCAUUGAAAUGCGACACACCAAGCGAGCACAAGUUCCAUCGGUUCUCCGUCCAUCGACAUGAGGACAAAACACGCGAGGACAAUGAGAUUAAGAAUGAAGUUCUAUUCCACGAAAGUAGGAGGAGGCAUAGUUAUUCGAAACCUUUAAUGCAUCGUAUCGAGGAACGUCUCAACAAUCUGGAACAUAAAAUAUCGUUAGUAUCGAGAAAACGUGGAAUGAUCGAAAAAAGAGUGGUAUAUGAAAAUCAGGAUUACUUAUCCGGACGUAUAGCUAAUUUGGAGACGGCUCAGGAACAAUUAUUUUCGCGUAUGAAAAAUAUCAGCAAAGAAUUAUCCUCGACGAGUAAAUUAAGCGAAACGAUGGUCGAAUUAUUUGAAACUGUGCAGACAUUGGAGGACAAGGUAGAUGGUAAUGGAUCGGAUACUAAAAGAGAAAUCGCAAGAUUGGAUAUUAAUGCUGCGAGAAAGGCAGCUGAAUUGUCGUUGACCAGAGAAGAAUUAUCUAAUCUUCGAAGAGCUGUACAAGCUUUGAGUGUUAGUGCUUCUAAGCUUCAAGAAAGAAGCGAUCGACACCAGAUAUCUUUAGAUACGCUUAACGAUACCCUCAAUCGUCUUGACUUAUCGUCAUCAAUAGAAAAAGCAAGCAACAUAACUCACGAGCUCGAGCAGGUGGAAGAUCAGUAUCGUUUGAUCGUCGAUGCCUUACCAGGUAAUUGUGAUGAAAGAGAUGGGCUUACUCUGCUUGCACCUGGCCCAGGUGCACCGUUACUAGCCUCGUGUCAUAAAGGAUGGAUUGUUAUCUCAAGGCGGAUCGACGGUAUGGUUGAAUUCGAUCGAACUUGGAACGAUUACGCAGCAGGUUUUGGUUCACCUGUUAAUGAAUUUUGGAUAGGCAAUGAAGCACUUCAUAGACUUACUCGAGACAACUGCAGCAGGUUGAAAAUCGAUUUAAUGGAUAUAUACGGUACACAUUGGCACGCCGAAUACGAAUAUUUCAAUAUUGAUUCCGAGGAAUCCGGUUAUAAGCUUCACGUUUCCGGUUAUUCCGGAAAUGCAACCGACGCAUUGUCCUAUCAGAACAAUAUGGCCUUUAGUGCUAAGGACAGAGACAUGGAUAUUAGUUCCACUGAUUGCGCUGCUAAUUAUCACGGUGGAUGGUGGUUCAGUCAUUGUCAACAUGCUAAUUUAAAUGGUAAAUACUCGUUAGGGCUUACUUGGUUUAAGUCUAACACGAACGAGUGGAUGGCCAUUGCUUCCUCCGAAAUGGCGAUACAAAGAAAACAAAACUGCCGAUAAUUUUCUUCGAUUCAUUCUCCAUGUCUUUUUAAUCGCUAUUGAAAUUCAACAACUUAUUAUAUCAACCGUCUUUAUCCUUGUUGGUUUUUUUAUUUCUUCGAUCAAAUUGAAUCUACAAAAUAUUAUAAAUCAACAGACGACGUCAUUUUCAUGUGCUUGCAAAAAGACUUUAAAUAUUCAUUCAAUUAAUAUCAUUUGCAAGACAUUUAAUUAUUCGCGAUUAUAAUACCAAAGAAUCAUUUUAAGUCCAUUGUAAAUAGAUUUAUUGUAUAAUUAAAUGCGUGUGAUAUCAGACGAUAUAUUAGAAUGUAAUAGAAAGUUUUUCAACAGGAUCAGAGUGACAAGCUUAUCAAUCUGAUGCUAUAAUUUAAAAUAAAUAUAUAUAUAUAU